UUCAUAAUGUCCCUGAACAAUAUCUGUUCGAAGUUUACGUAAUUCUUUUAAUAUUCAUCAUUCGUUGUUACGGAUUCGUAUAUUGUGCGAGAAAAAGGUUGCUAGAAUGUUGAAAUCCUCUGAUUUUGCAGUUCUACUCUGCGUUCUUAUUGCCAUCAAUGUAGUAAGAGGCAGCGGCGGCCAUGGCACGGACACGACUUCCAGUUCAGGCGAAGAAGGAAAGAAAACCUCAACGGUCUCUGAAUCGCACGGAACGACAACCCAUAAGAAAACGGAAACCCAUACCACAACAUCGCAACACUCGGUCCAACAACAGACUAAAUUUAAAAGGACCUUAAGCGUCGGCGUAAAGUUAGUAACAGAUGUUGUAGGUGGUGGUAUCAAUGGUGCUAAAGAGAAAGCGAUGGCAUUUUGGCACGAACAUCACAAUGGUCAAAAGGGACCUCACCACUGAGUGUGGCUAAACCGAAUACAUAGGUUUUGUCUGA